AUGUCUUUGAUGAAUCUCUCUCGGUCUUCUGGGCUAUGCCGCAGCUUUUACAUCGAUAUGAAUGCAUCCGGCCUUCUUCUGUUUCUGUAUGUCCUUGUCCAGGCAUUGGCUCUGGACCGGGUGACUUCAGUCGUCAAUGGAGUGGCCGAAUAUACAGGUCAACCGGUCGAUGUCUAUAAUCCCUUACCAACUCUCAUCUACAACUGCGACAAUCUCCCGUCAAUCUGUGCCAAUGUUCAGGAUUACCUCAAUGAUAAUACCAUUGCCAUGGGGAAUGGCUUGGACUUUCACUACGACAGCUUUUCAAAGUCCACAAAGAAGCGCCGCAAUCAAUCAUGUCGCACAAAUGAGCGCUGGACGACCGACCUCCCUUUCCCGUGUGGAAGCAACCCUGCGCAGCCCAACGUGAUGCCCGGCAACCUACCAGCUCGCGUCGGACCACUUACUACCUGGCAAAAUCCCGAGUUUAGAAUGGAGAUCCCCAACCUGCUCGGCACAGGGCCCAGCGGGAUGAGGUAUACCUGCGAUGAAUUCCCCGCUGCUUCUUGGAUUGAAGGCGGAGUGAACAACCUUCCUCCAUAUACCAGCAUCUAUUGUGCACCCAAGGAUGUCUCAUGCGAAUCAGAUACAUGGGCCUCUGUCCUGCUCCAGAACCCGAACUAUCCUCAUACACAGAGCGAGCAGGAUUGGCAAGGCAACGCACAUUCGAUGCUCGGAGCCUACGGCAAGGAUCGAAGUCAAUGGGCAACCCCUGUGAUGAAAUUCCACUUUACUACGACAAAUUUGGGUGCCGGUGGCGCGGCGACAGCAGCUCAAAUAGUGAUGCCCGCCUACAAUGGUAACCCCGAUACUACCGCCGCUGCCGGCACCAAAAGGGAUGUGAACUUGGAUGUUAACGGCCGUUUUCAUUGCACUGGUAAAUUCUGUGGUGCCUUGAAAAAAGCCGGGUUUUCUUUUGACGAGCCAGCAUCACCUUCUCCUUCUUUCCAGAUGCUUAAGGUUGCUGGCAGUGGCACCGAGCCUGAGUCACCACAUGCCACAAUCCACGUCUUAACAUCCUAG